AUGACUUUGCCAACGUGGAUUCUUUCGGUAAACAAGUGGCUUCAGUACGGGAAUUCUGUUUGUAAUCCCGUCAUUUAUGGCUUCCGCAACAAAGAUUUUCGGCGAGCGUUGCGAAAGAUGUUACUCGGAUUGUGCUGCUAAAAGGUGCGGCCGUCAGAUUACAUCACGAGCGCGUACGGACGCACGGUACGAAGAGCUUACUUACGGCGAGAAUCAAGCUUUGAAAACUCACGAUCAGUCAUCUUCCUUCCCAACGUACCGCUUGGAAUGUUUGACGUGCGGGACAGCUACCGUAAGGCGAUACAAAGCGGACGCAGCAAGCCGAUCAAGCUUAAAUCUACACAAAGAAAAGUGUAG